AUGGAAAACACAACUUUUGAUAGUUCUGAUCCUUUUGAUUAUCCAAUUGAAAAAUUACCAGACACAAUAGGAAAGUAUCAACGAGGAUUAUUGCUUGGACAGACAUAUGCAGGAUUUAUAUAUUCAGCAAUGGAAAAUGAAAGUAAGAAAAUAGUAAGUUUAAUACAAGUGUACCCACCAUUUGUGACAAUGAAAUGGGAAGAAGUGAUUGAAUAUCAAAAGAAAUUAAAUCAAGGGAAUAUCUUAAAUAUUGAAGAAGUGAUUAGGGAAGAUAAUCAAUGUAUAUUAGUUGUUGAAUAUUGUGGAUUAGGACAAAUUAGUGAUUACAUUUAUUCAACAACAAGAUUUAAUGAAGAAACAGUUCAGAUAGUAGUGAUUCAAAUUGUAAAUCUUCUUCAAUACCUUUCAUUAAAUGGGAUUAGUUAUGGACAUUUACGAAGUGGAAAUAUUUUUAUUAAUUUAGAAGGAAAAGUGAAAUGUUUUGGGAUAUUUCCUAAAGGAUUUGAAAAAGCAGCUGGACCUUCAUUUGCACCACCAGAAAUAUUUAGUGGAAAUAGUGAAAUUAAAGAAAGUUGGGAUGUAUGGGGAUUAGGAGUUAUUAUUAUUGAAAUGAUGAAUGGAACAGCACCAUUUGCAGAAAUGGCAGAAUUAAUAAAAAUAUUUCAAGAAGGGAAUGCAAAAAUACCAUUACCAAAGAAAUCAAGUGAAGGAUUAAAAAAUUUACUUGGAAAAUGUCUUAAAAAAGAAGCAAAGAAAAGGUGUAAAAUUAGUGAGAUAUUUGUACAUGAAUGGAUUAAAGAUAAUCUUUGUGAAAGUGAAGUUCUUGAUAAAACAAUAUUAGUAGAGUUUUUAGAAGAACAAGUACCAUAUGAAAAUUAUAAUAUAAAAAGUGAAAAAAUAAAAAAGUUUAUUGAAGAAUGUCCAACAUUAAAAGCAAUAAAUGAAGAAACAUAUCAAGAAAUUAGUGAAUUAACUAAUUUAAAAACAACAAAAACAUUACUUAGUAAAGUUAAAAGUGAAAUAGAAGAAAAUAAAGAUAUAAUAGAAGAAACAAAAGAAAAUUGUUUAAAUUUUAUAAAAGAAAUGGAAAAAGAAAUAGAAAGAACAGAAACAGAAUAUAAAACAGUUGCUAAAGUAAAAGAUGAAGUAUAUAGAGAAAGUGUUAUGAGUUUAGCAAAAAAAGGAAAUGGAAUAAAUCAUCCAGAAAGUGAAGAAUUACAAAAUAAAAUUAAAGAACAAAUGAUAACAAAUCAAAAACUUGAAAAUCAAUUAUUAAAAAUUCAAGACACAUUUUGUAAAUCAAAAGGAGGAAUAGAAAGUCUUGCAAUUACAUUAUAUGGAAAAUUAACAAGUCAAACAAUUAAUGGACAAAAAAGUGGAAAUUUAUUAUGUUCAUUAGAUAAAAAAGAAAAAACAAAAAAUUUUAAAACAGUUUAUGUUAUUUUAAAAGAUAAUUUUUUCUUCUUAUAUAAAUCAUCAAAUGAAUCAUCACCAAUUCAAAUAUUAUUAAUAUCAAAACCAACAAGUAUUAUUAUUGAAGAAAAAUAUGAAAAACCAAAUGCUUUUUUAGUUGAAAAAUAUAUAUUUAUUGCAAAUGAUUUAAAACAAAGAGAUGAAUGGAUUAAUGCUAUUAAAAAUUGUAAACAAUGGUUUGAAACAAGUAUUAAUGAAAAAUAA